CUUCACCGUCCAUCGCUCGUUGCUGUGAAGACCAAUCUGCGAAACCUCUCGUGAUUCCAUCUUCAUUCCAUCCCAUUUCUCUCUUUUCCGUACUCUACUCGGACCUUCAAGCUUUCAUCUUACUGCCCUGCUGGCUGCUUUUGAACCACCCAACUCCGUUUGCAACCUUCUAAUCUGUGUCAAGUCGCCAAGUAUGACUUCUGAGCGUGAGAGCAAGACGUUUCUCGCUCGCCUUUGCGAGCAGGCUGAGCGCUACGAUGAGAUGGUCACGUACAUGAAGGAAGUCGCCAACAUCGGAGGCGAGCUUUCCGUCGACGAGCGUAACCUUCUUUCCGUUGCCUACAAGAACGUGGUCGGUACCCGCCGUGCCUCCUGGCGCAUCAUUUCCUCCAUUGAGCAGAAGGAGGAAACCAAGGGCUCUGAGAAGCACGUUUCCAUCAUCCGUGAUUAUCGCCAGAAGAUUGAGACCGAACUCGAGAAGGUCUGCCAGGACGUUCUUGAUGUCUUGGAUCAGUCCCUCAUCCCCAAGGCCGAGACUGGCGAGUCCAAGGUCUUUUACUACAAAAUGAAGGGUGACUACCAUCGCUAUCUCGCCGAGUUCGCCUCUGGCAACAAGCGCAAGGUUGCCGCUACCGCUGCACACGAGGCUUACAAGAACGCUACCGAUGUUGCCCAGACCGAUCUCACUCCCACCCACCCUAUCCGUCUGGGUCUUGCCCUGAACUUCUCCGUCUUCUACUAUGAAAUCCUUAACUCCCCCGACCGUGCCUGCCACCUUGCCAAGCAGGCUUUCGAUGACGCCAUUGCCGAGCUUGACUCCCUCUCCGAGGAGAGCUACCGUGACAGCACUCUGAUCAUGCAGCUCCUGCGUGACAACUUGACCCUGUGGACCUCUUCUGAUGGCAACGAGGCCGAGGGCGCUGCCGCUCCCAGAGAGGACAAGCCCGAGGAGGAGGCCGCUGCUGCCUCUGAGGAUAAAGCUGAGGAGACCCAGCCUGCUGCCCCUGAAUCCUGAGCGACGGAUCCUUUCCUUGUUGUAUCAAAAACCUCUCGUGCUGUGUCAUCGGCGUGCCUGCUUGGAACGUACGACUAGUAUCUGGAAGUGCUUAUGACGGUCUGCUUUGAGUGCGUGACUGAUUUAGACCGGCACAUGUCUUCCACUGUUUCGGGAUCGUGUGGGUCGGUCGGCGGAGUUUGAUAUUUGGAGCGCGACGAAAAGGGGCUGAGUGGAAUUUAUCUCUCUUUUAUUCUCUCUUUAUUCCCACUCCAGCAAGAUACAAUGUCUUAUUUCCGGUUCCUGAUUCACUGCGCCCCUUUUCCCCCUUGUUUCUUCGUUCGCACAAUGCCAAGAGUCCUGAGGUUCUCAAUCUCGACCAGAGUAAUCGGUCCCUUGGACCCCUUCAUCCAGAAAGGCUUUCUGGUAGCUCCCUGUACU